AUGCUGAGAGCUCCCUCCGUGUCGAUGUUAGAGCCACGCCAAGCAGGUGCAAAAUCCGGUCGUCAAGAUCAGCGUAACCCUCCAAUCACCGCAGCUUCUGUUCUAGCCACAGCCGUAGAGGGCGACCCCCCCUCUCUCAAAAACACCGUAAAAUGUAACGUAUCUAGCAAAGAGGCUCAGACGCAAGUGAGGACAAAGAAGCAACGAUUACCAACUGCUACAUUACCGCUUCUAUCGUUCAGACCACUCCCGGGCCCAGACUUCACUUUUGAAAAAGACACCUGUUCAGCUGCUAUUAUUGAUCUUGAUCCCAUUGAAGAUUUUGAGAAGUCGUUCAUAAAGAGUGGCAUUCGAACUUCGGGUCGACUUCUGAGCAAUGCGAAGACUAGCUUUCGGCUCAAAUCUAUUCCAAGAUAUCAUGGCUGUCGAUAUCGUCGUUUAAGCUUUACUCCAGCCCACAACAAGUUACUAUUUCAGGGCUUACACGAUGGCUUUUCGUCGCGUGAGUUAUCAGCGGGCUCGAGUAUUAGGGCGCAGCCGACAAAGCUGAGUCGCGUUUUCAGGGAUACUGAUUUGACUCUUGAGACUAGGAUAGGCCCGCUACCAAAGGCUCAUUUCCACUCGAGAGUCAGAGUUUCUGCUCCGAGAUGCCUCCAUCUAAUUCGAGGAAGACCAACAUCACAUGCGACUCUUGUCAAUGAACAGACCAAGAAAAGUACUUUGGUCUUGAUUGACGAGGCCCCAGAACCAGGUUGCUCCGUACAUCUCAAAGAACACAGCAGGGAUUAUGUAGCAAAGACUGACCUCCAAGGCUGCCCGAUGCACGUAUCAACUGAAAGCGGAGUGGGUUUGGGACGCACCCGCAUGAACAGCCAAGUGUACUACGAGCUCGCUCAAAUCACAGCUCCUGCACGUACGGGCACACCAAGCAGCAUGGAUUCUAGCAUGGAUUCUAGCAUGUCGGAAAUGAGUGAUUCCGAAGAUCGUGCUUCUGGUCCAAGUUCUAUAAUAUCUCACAUUGAGAACGAUGAGAUCAGUUAUGAUGAUAUUUUCCAGGGCGAGAUCACUGAAAGGAGCAAAACCACGCAAUCUGACUAUCCAUGGCGUCCAUGUCAGAUUCCAUCCAUGCGGAGACCUGAUGCAUGGAUGGAGGUGUAUGAUGAAUGCUACCCAAGCAGUCAAGAGCAGUCCAUAGCUCAUCAAGAGCGCUCAAUGCCUAUAGAUUUGCCAGGGGUGGCAACCAUCAAAAGAACCGAACCUGUACUACUUCAAGUGCAAUUACGCCACGUGCUAACAAACCCCGAAUAUCAAUGUACCGCAAAGAGCACUGAGCUCCUUCGGCCGACCAUAGGAAUAGGUUCCAGAUUUCCCACCCACCAAACAAACGAAUUGAUUCAUACUCGAGCCAAGUCAACGCAAAUGAGAAUCGGUGUUUUUCGCUGGCCCAGAUACAGCCCGAGUCGCAUGACUCACGAAGACCACCUUGCGUGA